AUGCUUCAUCCAAACAUUCCCUUCUUCAUCCUCACACUCACAAAUCGCCUCUUCCACCAACUUGCAGAACUUGUAGUCACCUUCAACGUUUCACCCAUCCAUGACCUGUUCUCCAGGUUGCAGAUUCCAAAUCUUGCAACUUUGCCUGAUUAUAAAUACUUGGUUUCGCGCUACCCAAAUUUCAAUCUUUUCAAUUCCAAUAGCAACCCACUUGCCGUUGAGGAAGGAAGCAACAGAUUGGCUAUCAUGGGAGAGACCAAACAACUUGUUAUUUUGACAAGAUUUCAAGAUGCAAUGAGAAUGGUCGUGGACAUAGUUGAGAAAGGUAGAAAGAACAAAAGGAGCAGGCGAAUACUGAGGUCAACCCUAAAGAAUAUGACUCUAGUGGUGCAGGAGAUAAAGCUAUACAAUGAACACUUGAAUCCACCCAGAGAAGAAAUUAUAACCCUUGUCAAAGAAAAAGAUGUAGGGGAAGGGCUUGUGUGCAAUUCCUGCUCCCGGAGCCUGUGGUGGACCAAAUUUCUAUCUUGGUUUUCGCUCUACGGGGAGGGACUCUUACAUAACAAGGAUGAUUUCUUUACUGCGGAUGACAGGCAGGUUAAGGAUAUAAAAAACACACUGUACAAGGUGAGAGAGAUUAUUGAGAUUCUUGACAUAGAGAAUUUUAAACAGAACCUUAAAGGAGCUGGAACUCCAAUUAAAUGUCCUUUUGGUGUUCCUGAAAACCCAGAAUUUACUGUUGGCUUGGGUCCACUAUUGAGCAAGUUGAAGAUGGAGGUUCUCGAAGAAGGUAUGUCCAUCCUUUUGCUGUCCGGUCUGGGUGGAUCAGGUAAAACAACCUUGGCUACGAAGCUCUGUAGAGAUGGAGAAGUCAAGGCUAAAUUCAAGGACAAUAUUUUGUUCAUCACCUUCUCACAAACGCCUAAGUUGAAGAAUAUCGUAGAGAGACUAUUUGAACAUUGUGGCUACCACGUGCCUGAGUUUGUAAGUGAUGAAGAUGCAAUUAAACGUUUGGAAAUUUUGAUGAGGAAAAUUGAGGGAAGUCCACUGUUGUUGGUCCUGGAUGAUGUUUGGCCUGGCUCGGAAGCCCUUGUAGAGAAGUUUAAAUUCCAGAUGUCUGAUUAUAAAAUUUUGGUGACUUCAAGGGUCUCAUUUCCUAAAUUUCGCCCCCAAUUUAUCUUGAAACCGCUUUCUCAUGACGAUGCAAUGACCCUUUUCCGUCACCAUGCUCACUUGGAAGAAAGCAGAUCAAAAUGCAGUUCAAGUAUUCCUAGCGAAGAAAUUGUCCAAAAGGUUGUGAGAUAUUGCAAGGGUUUACCGCUUGUAAUCAAAGUGAUUGGUAGAUCACUCAGUCGUCAGUCUAUUGAGUUGUGGAAAAAGACGGUGGAGGAAUUGUCACAAGGUCAUAUACUUGAUUCUAGUACUGAAUUGUUUACAUGCUUCCAAAAGCUCUUGGAUGUUUUGGAAGAUAAUCCCAACAUCAAGGAGUGCUUCAUGGACCUUGGGUUAUUUCCUGAAGAUCAACGAAUUCCCCUUCCUGCUCUCAUUGAUAUGUGGGCAGAAUUGUACAAAUUAGAUGAUGAUGGCCUAGAAGCAAUGGAAAUCAUAAAAAAAUUAGACUCCAUGAAUCUGGCUAAUGUUUUAGUUGCAAGGAAAAAUACAAGUGACUCAGAUAAUUACUACUACAAUAACCACUUUGUCGUCCUCCAUGAUCUUCUAAGAGAUCUUGCAAUAUAUCAGAACAACCGGGAACCAAUUGAACAUAGAAAAAGACUUAUUACUGGCAUUAAUGAAAAUCAAAGUGAAUGGUGGCUUGGGAUAAAGCAACAAGGCAUGAUGUCCCGCUUAUUGUCAAACUAUCGCGGGUGGUGUGUUAAACAGACUCUUCAACAGGUCUCAGCCCGCACAUUGUCGAUAUCAACUGAUGAAACUUGUGCUUCGUAUUGGUCCGACAUUCAACCAUCCCAUGCUGAAGUUUUGAUUUUAAAUCUUCAAACUAAAAAAUACUCCUUUCCAGAGUUCAUGGAGAAAAUGAUUAAACUAAAAGUUCUUAUCAUGACAAAUUAUGGUUUUCAUCAUUCUGAAGUGGACAAUUUCAAAUUACUAGGUUCUGUAUCGAACCUGAAAAGAAUCAGACUAGAGCGGAUUUCUGUUCCUCACUUGGGCGCAUUGAAAAAUCUUAAAAAAUUAUCCCUCUACAUGUGUAGUAACAUCAGCCAGGCUUUUGAAAAUGGUACCAUCCUAGUUUCAGAUUCAUUUCCAAGUUUAGUAGAUUUGAAUAUUGACUAUUGCAACGAUACGGUGGCAUUCCCUAAUGGGAUCUGUGAUAUUACCCCACUAAAGAAGCUCAGUAUUACUAAUUGCCACAAACUUUGUUCUCUACCCCAAGAAAUUGGACAGCUGUUGAAUUUAGAACUCCUGAACCUAAGUUCCUGUACUGAUUUGGAAGAGAUACCAGAUUCUAUUGGAAACCUUUCUAAGCUAAGACUUCUUAACAUCUCAAACUGCAUAAGCCUUCCAAGUUUACCAGACGACAUUGGUAAUCUAUGUAAUCUCAGAAAUCUCAAUAUGACAAGCUGUGCAAGGUGUGAAUUGCCAUACUCAAUAACCAAUCUUGAGAAUUUAAAGUUGGUGGUGUGCGAUGAAGAGACAGCUGCGUCAUGGGAAGCAUUCGAAGCUAUGCUUCCCAAUCUGAAGGUAGAGGUUCCUCAAGUUGAUGUUAACCUAAACUGGCUUCAUUCAAUAAUCUACUAA